AUGUCUAUAAUCGCAUCUACAGGUAUCUUAAACCAUGUUGAUGGUUCUUCAGAGUUUGAAUCUCAUAGUACUAAAGUUGUUUGCUCUGUAACGGGUCCUAUUGAACCAAAGGCAAGACAAGAACUACCUACACAAUUGGCCCUUGAAAUAAUAGUCAGACCCGCUAAAGGCGUUCCAAACACUAGGGAAAAGCUAAUAGAGGAUAAAUUACGUGGUGUGUUGACUCCCUUGAUUGCUAGAUACCUUUAUCCUCGAAGACUUUGUCAAAUCACUUUUCAAGUGAUGGAGGCAGGUGAACCGGAAUUAGAGUUUUCUCAGAGAGAGCUAAGUUGCUGUAUAAAUGCAGCUGUUCUUGCAUUAGUUGAUUCUGGUAUUGGUCUUUUAGCUAUGGCCUCAAGUGUCCCACUUGCAAUCAUUAAGGGCCAACUAGUUGUAGAUCCCAAUGCACAGCAAUUACAAGAAUCACAAUCGGUUCAUACCUUGGCAUUGGAAAUAACAGAAAGUGGUAAAAAUGUACAAAACAUUUUACUACUGGAUAGUACAGGAGCUUUUACACAAAAUGAAUUAUUUCAAAUUUUAUCCCAAGGUGAGGAAAGAUGUCUAACGCUGGUUCAGGAGUUACGGAAGGUAUUGGGAGACCGCAUAAAUUCAGAAAUAAUACGAACAAAAACUUGA